AUGAACAUUUUGAAAUGUUUGGCCACUUUAAUGCUGGCUUUCUUGGCAGUAGCUCUCGCUGCCAACGAAAAGGAAAUUUUGAUUCGCGUACGUCCAAUAACUCGUUCACAGUAUGAAUCCAUAUUGAAAAUAAAUGAUGGGAAACCGGUGAUACCCGAGGGUCGCCUAAUUAAUAGUGCUAUUACUGGGAUAGCUGGUUUAGCAGCUGGUUUCCAACUUAGUAAAUACUUGCCAAAUCUAUUCGGUGCCAAUAACCAAAGCUCCAAAGGCUCUUCAGUGUUGGGUGGCUAUCCCCUGUGUACAAUUAAUACAAAUGCCGUAACUGGUCGUCAAAAUGAUGCGAAUUCCUAUUUAAACAUUGAUGAACUAACCAACUCAUUAGUACAGCAAAAUGGGGACAAAAACGAUUUACCUACAAUGAAUUGUAUUUUGGUACUGGAUGAUGGAAAAGACAAACCUUCAGGCGAAAAACCUGAACAAACAACAACCACAUCAACAACUGCUAUGCCCACUACAAUGGAACCUCCAACCUUUAGACCUGUUCCAACAUAUGCUCCAACAUAUCCUCCACCUCAUCAUCCGACAUAUCCAACGGCUCAUCAUCCCUCAUAUCCUCCACCUCACCGUCCACCUCAUUAUCCGACAUAUCCACCGGCACAUCAUCCAUCAUACCCUCCACCUCAACGUCCACCUUUUCAUCCACCAUCUUCCCACUUACCAUAUCUACCAUUCUAUCCCGGUUAUCCUUCAUAUUAUCCGUAUCCACCACCUUUCUACCCUAUGCCACAUCCGCCAUACAUCAAAUACCCAAUCUACGACAAAGAAGAUGAUUAUGAACCUGAACCCGAACCCGAACAAAACGAUGAAGAUGAUGAGCAAUCGGCACUAGAUUCAGCAGUAAAACUUCAAACUUUCCUUAUGAAUAAACUUCAAGUCAUUAAUGGAUUAUCGACCACGACAACAACUACAACCAGAAAACCUACGAAAAAGCCAAGCAGGCGACCAGCAUCGCGACCCCAUCCCCGACCACCAAAUCACCCACCUCACUAUCAAACACAUGCUAAAUCUCAAAGGCUACACUUCAAUGAAAACUUGGACGACUAUGAUGACUCCAUUGAUUACAUAGAAGUCUCUAAGAAAUUUCAUCAUUAA